CGAAGCCAAAGCGCUCGGAAGAGCCAAACGGUACGCGCGCGAGCUGCAAACGAUGUCCCGCUCCGGAACAGGAGCACGUCCCUGACUACGAUCUCUAAUCCCGAUCAGGUCCUAUAUAUGAGAGGCUGCAAUACCACCCAAGUAGCUAUUCAUCGAAUAUUCAUCCGCCAUGUCGACCUCAGAUAAACGAACAACCGGCUCAGCGCCGAACACGGUCCUCAGACAAUGCCAGCACUACUUUAAGGAUCAGACCGAGGAUAGGCCCCUGUUAACCUGCUCGCAGUGCAAGCGCUCGCAUUACUGCAAUCGGGAGUGUCAGCGUGCUCACUGGCCUCAGCACAAGACCACAUGUCGUGCAAACGUGCAGACUCGUGCCAACAUAAAGAAAGAAUCCCAACAAUUUCGACAGGCGACGGCCUCCUCCUGCCUCCAAGAGAGCAGUGGACGAACCACUGCCGUAGACCCACUGGCCAUGGAGACGCUUCUGAAACGGUUCUCUCAGACGCGGCGACCCAUCCUUACAAUGGCCGCACUUGAAGCCCUCAGGUUGGAUCUCCAUCCGGAGAAUGUCAUGAAGAAUAUCCUCUGGGUUGAACUCGAGUACACUCACCAGCUCUACCCGCGUGAGAUGCGCCUGAAGAAUGCGGAGUCGGAGGUCAUCCAAAAGCAGGGAGGUCUGGGCGUUGCAAUUGCGAUUAUAACAUGUGGUGGGAUCAAGCAUAUGAUACCUCUUGGCAUCCCAGAUAAGCCUACUGACGAUAUGACGCUUCCUCAUCCCGAGCUCUGGCGAGAGAAGUUGGAGCUUGGCAUCGAAGCUACACAGUACUAAUCACGGUGUGCCCUCCCUCUGGAGGGCCACAAAUGUAGUUGUCUAUCUAUGUAGUGAACCGAUUCAGCU